AUGGCGGGCGGUGCAGCGUGGGUGACUGGCGGCAACGACAGUUGCCAUGGCCUGGGCUGCCCUAGUGAUGGGUCCGCCCCUGACCAUGUGCAGAUGGAGAGGUCAGCAUCAAAAGGAGAUAAAAUCAUCAUUUGUGACAAAACAAAGAUGUUGCAUCACUCAAAACUCCAUCUCAAGUUGUGGGUAAUGGUGAAAUCGAUCAAGGAAGCCACGGAAGAAUUGGGCGUACGCCGCAAGGAAGCUAGCCGGCCGGCCAUCUCGACUGCGCUCGCCGACUGGAACUACCCGCGCGACGACGACGGUGCCGGCGUCCACGACUGGCCGCCCGUCACCCCGUGCUUCGAUUUCGCCUCCGCCAUGCGGACCAGCACAGGUCUAACAAGAAUUUUCCUCUUGCCAAUUCUCAUCUCUCUCCCUCUCUUGCUAAUGAAGAGAUCGUCGGUGCCGAACGCGAGGCGCAUGCGCGUCCCGGCGUUCGGGGAGUGGAACCACCAUGGCGACGACGGCGGCAACGGCAAUGGCAUCGGCAACGGAACAUGGCCGGCGGUCAUGACCCCGUUCUUCGACCUCGCCACGCUGCAGAAAGCAGCGCCCAAGACGGGGAGACGACGGCGCGGCGGUGACGACGGUUUCGAUGCGGCCAAGCUGGCUACGGCGGCGGAGGCGCCACAGGGGCACAUGCAGACGAGGCGGAGCAAGGUGGCCAACUCCGGAGCCUACGCGGCGGCGGCGGCGAGGAGGUCCUGCUUCACGGUGGCCAAACCCGUCGACGACGACCUGUACGGGGUUCCACCGGACAUGAUGCUCUACGGGAAGCCAGCACCGAGGAAAGAAGGCUGGCUGAGGAUCCUGCGGCUGCUGGGCUGCUCCUGCUGCUUGAGCCCGUCGUAA